AAACUCUUUCGAAGUUUCCGAGAAAUGUGCUGGUUUCUUACAGCUUCCUGGAGGUUUUGAAAUCGGAGAGCAGUUCGUUGUUUGAGGUGUGCUGAUGAACAACUAAGAGGAUUUAUUUAACAUUGAUGUAUAUAGGAGUGUAUAUUAAUCGAGGCUAUAAACUGAAGUAAGCUGGAAGUCAUGGUAUCGUUUUUAUUUAUCACUUGAGCAAAGGAGGAUGCGGUGAAUAGCUGGUUAUUAAUUAAAGCUCCUAAAAUUGGCAGCAUGGCGAUCUUGCAGGAAUCUUUGUGGUUAGAAGAAUAAAUGAAUGGCGUUGGACGUGUAAAAGCUUUAGUAGUGCUAUAAAAUGCACUAGGGAGGGUCACUGGCUCAGCUCUCAGCUGCUAUGGAUUAUGUGUACACACUGCUCAUGCUGGCUGUACCAUGCUCAGUGUUGUGUGGACACGUCCCUGCACCGGACAACAUCAGCGUGAAUUCCAGCCACUUCGUGCACCUGCUCACAUGGGAGGCUGGACCAGGAUCUCCUGCAGGAAUAUAUUACAGAGUCAUCUUCCGAACCUAUGAAAACGGCUGGAGGACAGUGAACAGUUGUGUGGAAGUACGGUACCCAUUGCUUUGUAACCUAACAGAUGUUUUCUCCAAUCCAUAUGAGACAUACUACAUCAAUGUUACAGCCUUCUUAGGGCAGGAGGCAUCGGUACCUGGAACCAGUCGUCCAUUUAGACCAGUGGCUGACACUGAGCUGGAGCCUCCGUCAAUGCAAGCGUCACCGUGUAACAACUCCCUGUGUGUGUACCUUCAGUCUCCAUCUCAGAGACUCCACGAGGUUUAUGAGAAUUUCCACUACGUGCUUAACGUGACCAACGAAAAUGGAGUUCAGUUGUAUAUACAUAAGACCAAGGGACUGGGCACCAAAAAGCUUGAAGUGGUGCCGGGGCUGCAGUACUGUGUGUCCGUUGUGAUCUCUGAAGAUCGAAGACCUGCUCGUAAAACACCCGUCUGUUCUUCUAUAUCUGCAGCAGUGAACUACAUGGAUGCAGUGAUCUUGGUGUUUUUGUUUCUGGUGGCGCUGGUGAUCACGGCCGGUCUUUGUCUGUGCACUCUUCGAAAGUACUUCAAAGCUGAUCCACCGUUAGUUCUGAUUUCCUUUAAUGCCCCGUAUAAAGUGCAGCUUCUUUGGCCUAGUGUGGAGAAUCUGAAAUGCAUUUUACUGGAGCCAAACACGUACAAAAAUGUUCAGUUCAUUGAAGAGGAGGACCAAGAGAAAGAGGACGAAGAGGUUGCGUAUGAGAAACUAAGGGGCUGUGAAGAAGUUGUGCUUUGUGAACAAAUAUCAGAAGAAACAAGCUCUCCUCUUGUAAGGUUCCCAGAGAUCCAGCUGGAGCAUAACCAUAAACCGAGCACUGAAACAUACACAAACAGAAACAUUUUGAAAGAGAAAACAGCACCAGGCGUGUUUGCACCUCACUGGGGGGUGACAUCUCCCCAAACUACGAGUCAGAUCAUCACAACACACCUCUUUCCCCUAAAAACACCAAUCCCAGAGCUCAAAAAGAACGAUACAAACUUACUCAGGUAUACGAAAGGAGAUGAACCCCGACACGAGGAGGAGGAGGACGACAGUGAUGAUGUGAAUUUCUUCUCCCUGACCCUGGGAGGAGGCCAAAAUUCAGAACAACGAGAUGAGGCAGAGGAAGAAGAAGAACAGAUGGAGAAUGUCCUGAAAAUGAAGCCUGAGGUACCUUUAUUUGUGUUGGAGCCACCGAAACCUGCCAUGGACAUCCAGCCUACGUCUUCUGAGAGCACAAACAAACCCGUUUCAUACUCUGAGGAGGAGGAAGAGGAGGAUACAGAGGAAGAGGAAGCUUUCUCUGGGUACAUGAUGCGGCGUUAGAAACAGCCUUGUGUCAAACAACAUCUCAAUGCUUGUAUAAGAAAAAACUUUUUGGGUAUUUUUUAAUUCAGACAGUCUUCAGGAGACAAGACACUUUUUAAUUGUCUUUUUAACCAUAUACAGCUGGUGCAUUACACAGUGAAAUGAAACACCGUUCCUCAAGGACUAUGGUGCUACAAAGACACACAGCUACAACUAAGGCCAAGUAAGUUAAAGACAGUUCCAUGAACUGAUUCAGAGCCUUUCCUGGGAAGACUGGGUGUGAGGUAGCCUGGGACUCUGGAGUUGCUUGACAGCAGGAAAUCACUAGUUUGAAAAAUAAAGCAGUCUGUGAACUUUUUGAUAGAUUUUCAAACACUGCUUUAUCAUUAAUUAAACCUCUCUGGUCCCACUUUAUGGUGUUAUAGAUCUCAUUUAAAAUGGAUAAAAACAUCAGUAUUCAGACUCUUUAUUCAGCUUUUAAGUCUCUACAAGCUUUGCUCACCAGGAUUUCAGCCUGUUUCUCCCGAUCUUCCUGGCAGAUCCUCUUAAGCUCAAUCAGAUUCUGUUCUGGUGUGAAAAGUCUUGUUCUGAAGCUCCUUUAGCAUUGUCUUGGUUGUGUGCUUUAGUCAUUGUGCUGUUAAUGUUAGAGCCUCAACCCCAGUUUGAGGUCAUGUGAAUUCUUGAAGCAGGACCUCUUUGUGUCUGGGAUUUAUUCAUCCUUUCUUGAAUUCUUGAAUUUUGAUCAGUUCAUACCACUAAGAACCACCCCACAGCCUGAUGUUGCCACCACCAUGCUUUACUCUAGGGGUUUUAUUAGCCAGUUGCUGAUCAUUACCUGGUUUAUUAGCACUAUGGGUAAUCCAAUGGUUUGUCAGUGUCAUAUUGUCUGCCUUUUAUUUAGGGGUGGCUUCUGUCUAGCUAAUCUGCCAUAAGGGCCUGACCGGCAAGUUCUCCCAUAACUUUGAAGGACUUUAGGGUUGCAGGCCAUUGGGUUUGGCUGAGUUUGGCCGGUUGGCCAGAUUUGGAUGUGUCCUUUUGGUUUCGAAUUUUGCAGUGAUGGAGUCCACUGUCCACCUGGGAACAUUCAAUGCUUUAGAAAUGAUUUUACAGUCCUGACUGGUUCUGUGUCUCAACAUAAUUUGUUUCUGGAGUUCUACAGAAAGUUCCUUGAUCUCCAUGGUUUGUUGGACCUUAUACUUACAGGUUUGUGUGUGUUUCUAAAUGUACAAAGUUUGUUCAAAAGUCAAAUGUCCAGUUAAUUUAAUUUACUUUCACACAGGUAGACCCUUAAUAGCAUUACCUCAUUUCAGUUCACAGCUCCUCUCUUAACUCUACUUCUGAGUUAAAUCGAAUGCAGCAAUUUAUAUACAUUUCAGUAUCUGGUAAAGUUUCAUGUAUUAAAACAUUUCAAAUGGAACAAAAUAACACAGUUCAACAGUAUUUCAUAUUUACUGCAUGAUAUGUUACACAGUAAUCACAGUAUAUAUGUGCCAGUACAUGUUAUCUAGCAAAUCAUGAAUAUUUUUUAUAAUUUUAUUUUAUUCAUUUUGUUUGUUUGUUAUUUUCCACUCAUUUUGCUGCCUGGAUCAUGUUCAGUAUUGACCAUAAUGUUGAUUUGUCACUCAGUGUUAACCAGAAAAGCUGUUGGUUUCAUUUCACGCUAUGGUUUGCCCUUCCUCAGAAGCAUAAUUUUAUGACUAGCUUCUGUUUGCUGGAACAGCUUGACUGUGUUAUAGGUGAAAGCAUGAAGGUAAUUUCACGUACAGGAGAUAAGCGUUAACAUUAAAAUGUCUUUUUAUUGUUAUAUUUCAAAUAGCUCAUGCCAACAUGUUUUUUUCAAUGAAUUAAUGAAAUCAUAUCUAUGUAUAGUCAUUUCUCUCUCAUUUUGGUUUAGUGUCUUUGGAAUAAACACUG